AGGAAAUUUAUAAACCGAGAUGACACUUUCAUUCCACUUUAAAAAUAUUCCCAUAUUUAACCAUAUCAUAAAAUUCCGAUAUUUCUUAUCACAGUGCCCAAGCUCUCCAGGAUGUGCGAAGAUCAUCAAAGAUGGAGACUCCAUAUCGCUACAGGAAUCAUUUUCCUAAUUUUAGGAGUAGUAUCAUGCCAUGAUAGUAGCACUCUUCCUCCAAACCAUAGAGACACCAUAUCCAACUCCGCGGACCUAAAAAUGGAGGCUCGCAUAAACGACUUUGAUCCAGAAUUAAAUUACCCAUCAUCAAAGAGCGACUUUUUAUCACCAACAAAAAAUCCUAUGGUGUCUCCAUCAAACUUGACGGAGCCAUUAUCAGCGACUCCCAUGAAAGAUAUUGAUAAAGGGGCUAAAGCCCCCGAAAAUAAAGGCUGGAAGGGAUUCACCAUAACCCCAAAAGACAGUUAUCUGAAUGCACUUAGGCAUUCCCAUACCAGCAAGGACCCCCAUGAAGGAGUUGUCCAUGCAGACGUGAAGCCGAAGUUUUCCAGGAUCCUGAGGAGGGAGUACUCCCCAGGUCCUGUUUAUCGACCACAAACGGAGUAUGGGAUCCCAAAGGACCCGAGUUUAAGUUAUGGGGUCCCGAAAGAUCCGAAUUUGGGCUAUGGGACCCCUAACAAUAUCGCCGAUGGGUUCUCGCAGACGCCUAGCACUUCUUUUGCGCUUCCUGUCCAGAGUUCGGGGAACUUUAAUGGACAAAUUAGUUAUGGGACCCCUGUGCAGGGUUAUGGGACUCCUAGCAAGGGCUAUGGACCACCUUCUGCACCCCAUGGGGUCUAUGGAACUCCUGGUGGAGGAUAUCUUCCUCCACCACAGCAAGGUGAGGCCAGAGCUUAUCCAUCACCGGUUUACGGAGCACCAUACGCUCUCACGGAUUUCGCUCACCUCCCAUCGAUUCCCACCAUAGACUUCACCUGGCCCUUUGCCCUGAAAUUAAAUGCCUUCACCCUGGCGAAGAUAUUGUUGAAACUGGUCAUCUUCAAGAUGAUUGUUAAGUUCAUCGCCGUGAUCUGUCUUUUAUUGUUCAUCCCGAAACUCGAGGUGGUGAAGAAAGGGAACAAUGGCGACGCCGAGGGCGAAGAGGACGAAAGUCGAUUUUUCAUCCCAAGCAAGUUUCCCUUUUUCGCCAUAGGAAAUUCCACGAUGGAGCGACUUGACAUUCUCGCUUCGAUGGUGACAAAUUCCAUCGAAAAGUAUGAAAGGAUGAACAAGAAUGGAACUUCCUCUGGAGAUUGUUCAAGCUUCGGUUGUCGAAUUCAAAGUGCAUUGUUGGAUGGGGAGUCCUGGUCGGACUAUCUAAGACUUUUCAAAAGCUAUGUUAAGGAAGAGAAGUUGACGGAGGAAAGUGAAAAUGCAGAGAACGAGGUGCAACGACAAUGAGUACUUGUUAAGAGCUCGUCUCCAUUCUCGUGAUCUCGAAUCAAUUGUUGAUAGCAAUGAGCAGGAAGCUCACACCUCGUUUCCGGUGGGUACAUUCGGGUCAGCUCUCUGUUGCGUGCAAGGUGACAAUGGCAACAACAAUGGCAACAACAAUGGCGGCAGAGAGGCGAAAGGAAAUAUAGACCAGGCCAUUGUUGGCCAUUAACGCUCCUUAUCAGAAAUCUGAAUCGUUGGUUUCUUUCCAUCGGAAAUAAUCCAGGAUACGUGAGAUGUGAAUUUUUAAUCCCGGAAAAUGGUUUGUUAUCUCGAGGUUACUCCAAUAAUAAGUCUGCGAGGACGUGUCUUAAUUCCCGAUAAAGAAGCGAAUCGCUGAUUUCGUCCCAUCGGAAAUAAUUAGAGACACCGGAGAUGGGAAUUUUCAAUUACCACAAAUGUUUGUGGUGCACCAACGAUAAGUCUGCAAAGCUGGUUCUAGCCUAAUGAACAAUACCUAGGAAAUGACAAGAGACAAAUCUCUAGCCAGAUGAGCGAACGUGUCAUUGCAUUGUUCCUGAGAGUUCCGAAACCUCGCGACAGCCUCGGCGAUAACGUAAUCGCGGUCGAUUACGUCCCAUUACCUGGGAUUAUCUUCAAUAGUUACUUCGAGCCUGCUUCGCAUUAUCUUAAUUGGCUCGUUCUAACAUUGAGAGUUUCCACUCAGCAUCACGCAAAGUUAACGGAUGAUUCAGUUACCGAUGAUAUCCGCGUCUUCCUAUUUUAAGUAGCCUGAUAAGAGAGUUUUUGUAACUUGCACGAAGUCCUCGAAGGAGGGAUUAAUAAAUUGGAGCCAUGGUCCUGGUUUUCUC